AUGUCUCUCUCAAGCCCGCUCAUCACGCCUUGCCUCUGGUUCGACAACGAGGGCGAAGAAGCAGCCAAGUUCUACACCAGUAUCUUUCCGAACUCAGAGAUUCUCUCUGUAUCUCAUUACUCUGAGGCCGGCCACGAAACCCACGGCCAACUCGCAGGCAAAGUCCUCACCGUCAACUUCAAAAUCUCCAACACUCCCUUCGUGGCUCUAAACGGCGGGCCGCAGUUCAAGUUCACCGAAGCCGUCUCGUUCCAAGUCGACUGCAAGGACCAGGCCGAGGUGGACUACUACUGGGGCAAGCUGCUCGAGGGCGGCGGGACCGAGAGCGAGUGCGGGUGGCUGAAGGACAAGUUCGGGCUCAGCUGGCAGGUCGUGCCGGUCCAGUUGAAGGAGUGGCUCAGUGGUGAGGAUAAAGAGGGCGCGAAGAGGGCGAUGGAGGCGAUGAUGAAAAUGGUUAAGAUGGAUAUUGCGAGGUUGAAGGACGCGUUUAAGGCGUGA